GAUUGGCUGCUGCAGACCCACCCCCUCGUCGGUUUGCAGGUCGGCGAAGCCUGGAUUGGUGGAGCUAAGAGCUGGCUCAGCAGCAGCUCACGCUCUUGGUUCAGGGUAGAGAUGGCGACUGCGACUCGGCUGCUUAGGUGGCGUGUGGCGAGCUGGAGGCUGCGGCCGCCGCUUGCCGGCUUCGUUUCCCAGCGGGCCCACUCGCUUUUACCGGUGGACGAUGCAAUCAACGGGCUAAGCGAGGAACAGAGGCAGCUUCGUCAGACCAUGGCUAAGUUCCUUCAGGAGCACCUGGCCCCCAAGGCCCAGGAGAUUGAUUGCAGCAAUGAGUUCAAGAACCUGCGAGAGUUUUGGAAGCAGCUGGGGAACCUGGGCGUAUUGGGCAUCACAGCCCCUGUUCAGUAUGGCGGCUCUGGCCUGGGCUACCUGGAGCAUGUGCUAGUGAUGGAGGAGAUAUCCCGAGCUUCUGGAGCAGUGGGGCUCAGUUACGGUGCCCACUCCAACCUUUGCGUCAACCAGCUUGUGCGCAAUGGGAAUGAGGCCCAGAAAGAGAAGUAUCUGCCAAAGCUGACCAGUGGUGAGUACAUCGGAGCCCUGGCUAUGAGUGAGCCCAAUUCAGGCUCUGACGUUGUCUCUAUGAAGCUCAAAGCGGAAAAGAAAGGAGAUCACUACAUCCUGAAUGGCAACAAGUCCUGGAUCACUAAUGGCCCUGAUGCUGACGUCCUGAUUGUCUAUGCCAAGACAGAUCUGGCUGCUACGCCGGCUUCUCGGGGCAUCACGGCCUUCAUUGUAGAGAAGGGUAUGCCUGGCUUUAGCACCUCUAAGAAGCUGGACAAGCUGGGGAUGAGGGGCUCUGACACCUGUGAGCUAAUCUUUGAAGACUGUAAGGUUCCUGCUGCCAACAUCCUGGGCCAUGAGAAUAAGGGUGUCUACGUGCUGAUGAGUGGGCUGGACCUGGAGCGGCUGGUGCUGGCCGGGGGUCCUCUCGGGCUCAUGCAAGCGGUCCUGGACCACACCAUUCCCUACCUGCACGUGAGGGAAGCCUUUGGCCAGAAGAUCGGCCACUUCCAGUUGAUGCAGGGGAAGAUGGCUGACAUGUACACCCGCCUCAUGGCAUGUCGGCAGUACGUCUACAAUGUUGCCAAGGCCUGCGAUGAGGGCCACUGCACUGCCAAGGACUGUGCAGGUGUGAUUCUUUACUCAGCUGAGUGCGCCACACAGGUAGCCCUGGAUGGCAUUCAGUGUUUUGGUGGCAAUGGCUACAUCAAUGACUUUCCCAUGGGCCGCUUUCUUCGAGAUGCCAAGCUGUAUGAGAUAGGGGCCGGGACCAGCGAGGUGAGGCGGCUGGUCAUCGGCAGAGCCUUCAACGCAGACUUUCACUAGUCCUGAGACCCUUCGCCCCCUUUUCCUGUACCUAGUAGCCUUUCUUGGCAAGUAGAGACGUGGCGGCUCUCCCACCCUGCCUGCAGCAGGCCCUCCUGCCCAGCUGGUCUUGUUAGCCCUCUGGCCUCUGGAUGAGGUUGAGUUCUCCACAACAGUUCCCAAGCAUCAUGGGCCUCACAGCCGGGCCAGUGCCAGGACUAGUGUUCUGUGACUUAAAAUGGACUCAGCAGGAAGCAUAUUGUCUGGGGAUUGUUGGGACAGGUUUUGGUGACUCUGUGUCCUUGCGCUCUAACUUCUGAGCCCACUUCCCAGGGUAGGCAUCUGGGGGCAUGCAGAUACCCGCCUCUUUCUCUUGGGUGAGCCUCUGGCAGGACGAUCUCUCUGCUCAAGCACAGCAGAAUCAUGGCCCCUCCAUGAAUUGGAACCUGGUGUAGGUUAAGUAUCCCUAAUCCUAAAAUCUGAAACACUUCUGGUUCCAAGCAUUUUGGAUAAGGCGUAUUCAACUUGCAGUCUCUUUUCUGGGGGAAAAAAAAUAAUUAAAAACCUAGCCUAGCCAGG